AGCAAAUAUGCUGACUCGUGCCGUCUUAAAAGUAGCGAAGGACGCGUCUGCGGCAGUCACUUUUGACUUUUCGCUAACUUUGCUCGCUGCGGUCCGUUAGCGAGUGAGUGAGUUAGUCAGUCAGAGGAUGUUGCGUGCGGCGGCAGGAAGUUCGGGAGAACGACUCCCGUCACCAUUUUGACGGUGAUGACACUCGAGCGCGCACUCAGGAUGCUGAAGCGCUUUGCCACGCGGCUUCUGCUCGUGCUUCCUCUCGUCGUCGCGGGCAUCAACGGUGACAGCGACACGCUCGGUUUGGAGCUGAGGUUUCCGUGCGCCAAUUCGGUGUGCUAUCACAUUUGGAGAUUUACCGAGAGCAUUGACGUUGCAAUAACGAGUAACGCGGAGAUGGUCGCGGGUGUCGACGACCAGGACGCAAAAUGCACGGAGAAGCUCCGUCAGGUGGAAGAAAACGGACUUCAUUACUGCAAACUAACAGAUGAUGCCUUCACACCUCAAAACGAUCUUCCAGAGCUGAAAGUGGCGCCGGGCGACGCCGUGUCUUUCCAGUGCAUCCUACUGUCGUCCUUGACGCUGGGCCGUUGCUCCAAACCGCGCCGGCUGGAAGUCCUCUUGACGUGGGUGGACCGGGCCGGCCUGGAGGUCCGGGACAACUCCAGUCAUCGCGUCCGGCGAAAAUCCCCGUGUGACGUCACCUUGACCGUCACCUUGCAAGCUCCCGGGCGCGAGGCCUUCAGGUGCCGGGCUCGCGUGGGAGCAAUCACGUGGACUUCAGUGGAGAUGCGAGUCCAAGUACCAGCUUUCAAAGGGAAGGGAAGAGGAGGCUUCAAAUUAGAAGAAGUAGAACCUCAUGGCGACAGACGCUUCCAGGUCGGCGUGGUGGCGGCGGUGUUGGCGUGCGCCGCACUGACCGCCUUGGCCGCCGUGUUUGUUGUGGUCUGGCGACGAAAGGCAUCGAACCGGCCCGAGGCCUCCUGUCCCAUAGCCAAUAUCAACCAUGUUCCGGAUGAUGUCGUUUACGCGGACGUCGUCCUCCCCGUUGCUGCGGAAACAGGAUCUUUCUCUCAGGGCGAAGACACAGAAUACGCCUGCAUUCGAUACCAGGUCGCGGACGUGCUGGAGCCCAUCCCAGCUAUCAUUUGGGCAGGAGCCGGGGUACACCCUGAAUGCCAGCCAAUCGCAGGGCACAUACAAACAAACAACCAAUUGCAAACACAUUCACGCCUACGGGCAAUUUAGAGUCUUCAAAUAAUCUACCAUGCAUGUUUUUGGGAUGUGGGAGGAAACUGGAGUGCCAACGCAGGCACGGGGACAACAUGCAAACUCCACACAAACCGGGCCGGGCAUUGAACCCCGGUCAUCAGAACUGUGGUCUAGAGGUUGUUGCAUAAAAUAUUUUUUUUUAAUAUG